CAUGCCUGUCAUCCAAUCCUUGCUCUCUUCAUCACAUUUCAGUGACCCUGAAGACCUCAGCUUUAACAAACGUGACACUAAGAAGAUGAUGUGAGGGAUUGAACAUGGGCACCCAACUACAUGCUGUGACCAAGGCAGAGAUCCCCGACCAUGUUCUUUACACCGUAGGAACAUGUGUGCUCAUUAUUGGCUCCAUUGGCAUCAUCGGAAACCUCCUCAUUCUCUACGCAUUUUACAGCAACAAGAAGCUGAGGACACCCCAAAACUACUUUAUAAUGAAUUUGGCUGUGAGCGACUUCUUGAUGUCAGCUUCUCAGGCACCCAUGUGCUUUGUCAACAGCUUGCACAGAAAGUGGAUACUUGGAGAUAUAGGCUGUAACUUGUAUGCUUUCUGUGGAGCACUGUUCGGAAUAACCUCAAUGAUGACUUUAUUAGCAAUCUCUGUCGACCGCUACCUUGUGAUCACUAAGCCCCUGCGAUCCAUCCAGUGGACUUCAAAGAAACGCACCAUGCAGAUCAUUGCCAUCGUGUGGCUGUACUCACUGGGAUGGAGUGUAGCUCCACUCUUUGGAUGGAGUUCCUAUGUGCCUGAGGGCUUGAUGAUAUCCUGUACAUGGGACUACGUAACCUACUCCCCUGGAAACAGAAGCUACACCAUGAUUUUAUGUUGCUGCGUGUUUUUUAUUCCCCUGAUAAUAAUAUUCCAUUGUUAUUUAUUUAUGUUCCUGGCCAUAAGACGUACAGGCAGAGAUGUUGAAAAGCUGGGGUCCUGCAGUCGGAAAUCCUACCUCUCUCAGUCCAUGAAGAACGAAUGGAAACUGGCAAAAAUUGCUUUUGUAGUCAUCAUUGUAUUUGUCUUGUCAUGGUCUCCGUAUGCUUGUGUCACCUUGAUUGCCUGGGCAGGUCAAGGCAACACCCUAUCACCAUAUUCCAAAUCUGUGCCAGCAGUUAUUGCCAAAGCUUCUGCAAUCUACAACCCCAUCAUAUACGCAAUAAUUCACCCAAGAUACAGAAAAACCAUCCACAAUGCUGUUCCCUGCUUGAGGUUCCUAAUACGAAUAUCGAAGAAUGACCUCCUGAGAGGCUCUGUAAAUGAGUCAUCAUUCAGGACCUCUCUCUCCAGCCAUCAGUCUCUUACUGGCAGAACAAAGAGCACUUGUGUUUCAUCGGUUUCCACUGCAGAAGCUACCACUGAUUACACAAUGGUGCAUGACAGUAUCAACUGUGAUGAUUUCAUAAACUGCAAAAUACCCAGAUUGUCCUUGCAGUAUGAGACCUGGAGUGAGGUAGAGCUUGACCCUGUAGAGCCAGCUCAUAAGAAACUGCAGCCUCAACGAAGCCAUUCUUUCUCAACAAGUCUGAGACAGAAGAGAGACCUAUUUCCAAAGACUUGCAGCUUCAAUGUAUCAACUGCAGAAAAGGUUCUGCUCUCCUCCAGCUGUUUGGAGAAGGUCCUUGGGCAGCCAGUCCUAUACAGUCCCCCUGCAACACUUGUGACCAGCUCCUUAAGAGCAGCUUCUCUGCCUGUUGAUCUGAAUAGCGGCAGUGUCAGCAGAGGAGGAGACUCGGGUAUUUCACAGAUGACAGCUCAAGAAAAUGAAGUUAAUGGAGUCCUAGGCUCUAUCAUUAGCAACACAGUCCCUCGCAUCAUCAUCAUUCCUACCUCAGAGACCAACCUAUUUCAAGAGGAGCUGGAAGAGGAAGAGACUGAAUUAUUCCACUUUCAUGACAAAAAGAGCAAUCUCCUGGACUUGGAAGGGCUUAGCUCAUCCAUGGAGUUCCUUGAAGCUGUUGAGAAAUUUCUAUCAUAA